UGGGCGUAUCACGGUGUCCAUUAUCUCUUGUUUACACUCGGUAAACAUGCUGUUUAUUUUUCUUCUCUUCACAAACUCCUUAGCCUCCGAAGUACCUUGGCUGCCGAAAUGCUGUCCUUCAGGCAUGCAGAUGGCCGGGGAUGGGAAGUCUUGCGUGGAGGACGCUGGAGUCAACCUCCACUACAACGUGACCAACUCCAUCCUCCCUGACACCCUCACAGUCGUCAUCAACGACAUGAACGUAUCCUAUCUUCUGGAGCACCGCAGCAAGUUCAACUGUGUGAGGCAGGAGGUAUUUGUGAUCAAAGACGACCUAGAGGUGCGAGGCGAGGAGGUGGUGGUGACCGACGACCACGGCGACCCCUGGGUACUCGCCCGCGGAGAGAUGUGUGUGGACAGCUUACAUCUGCCUGGGUUGGUACCGGAGAGGCUGUACGUCGCUCUGCUAUGCCCAGACUGUAAGAGGUUCCAGUGUGUCCACAAAUGCUGCCCGGAGUCCAAAGAUCUUCAGGUUAGCGAUGACGGUGGUAUGGUCGACUGUGUUCCUUCUGACACCUCCUGGACUGACGACGUCCUUCGUAGAGAUAACCGUCGACCAUUCCUGAUCCACGGGUUCCCCGAGUGUUCCAACCAGUUGUACCUGGAGUACACCUCCUCCUGGAACGUCCAGGACGAUCACCUGUUGCUUGGGGAGGCGAGGGUGCCCAGGGCCCACUACUGUGUGGACCGCACCUCGCGGGGCUCCGCCCUGCUGGCUUGUCGUCUCCCGCCUACCCUAAAGCCCGCGGUGUACGGAGGCCUGUUCGUCCUGGGGGCCGUGUUCCUCGGUAUCACUCUGGUCCUGCACCUCUGGCUGCCGGAGCUCCGCAAGAGUCUGCACUCCCGGGUGUUGGUGGCCCACGUCGCUUGUCUGCUGGCAGGCUAUGUGGGAUUGGCUGUUGUCAACCUGGCCCCGCUACCGGCGCCCUCCUGCGCAUGCUCCGUCACUGCCUUUACUAUACAGUUUGCGAUCCUGGCUGCUAUGUUCUGGCUCAAUGUUAUGUGUGUGGACAUUGCAUGGACUUUCAGUGGCCUGAGAGCCCCAAAAGGUUCCCAGUCUCUGGACAGUGAUGGACACAAGUUCAUCUACUACUCUCUGUUUGCUUGGGGAGGUUCUGCCGCAUUCUCAGGAAUCACCGCAUUUCUGGAGUUCAGCCCUGCAGUUCCCUCCAUGUCAAAGUUCAAACCAUCUUUUGGAACCACUCGCUGCUGGUUUGAACACUGGGAGUCGGUCCUGUUGCUUGUGUAUGGUCCGAUGGGUCUGCUGCUGAUGGCUAACCUGGCACUCUUUAUCUACACGGCUGGCAAGAUACGCCAGACGCACCGAGACACUGCCAACAUAGUGCAGCAUGCCGGCUCUAAGCUGCGUCAAGAUACUAACAGGCUUUUGGAUGUUGAAUCUAUCUACAAUGGGACAACAGCAAAUAAAACUAUAAGGUUCAGCCUGUACCUGAAACUGUUCGGGUUGAUGGGUGUGACCUGGGUGUUUGAGCUAAUAUCAUGGGUGGCCGGGGGCUCUGAGAGCUACUGGUAUGUCACAGACGCCAUCAACGCUCUCCGCGGGGUUUUCAUCUUCAUUUUGUUCUGCUGCAAGGAAAAGGUUCUGGGGCUGGUCAAAGCCAAGCUGCACAUUGGGAAGACACCGAAGUUCCCGAAACAUCCUCGCAAGUCCCAGGCAUCAUCCAAGAUGACGUCCAGCAUCACUUCUCAGAGGACCAACUCCAUCCAGCUCUCUCAGGUGUCCUGACUACAGCCAAACACCCAACACACAACAUCCAAUCUAGUCUCUGUGUCAAGUGUCCCAGUCUAAGACUGAUCGUGUAGAAGACUGAAAGUAGUUUAGUGUCGUCAAAGAUGUUUCUGUGAUUGCAUGCAUUUGUUGUUGAAAAUCAUAACAUAGAAAUAUAGGUGUGAAAAAAAGAAUAUAUUGUUAACAUUGUGUUUCUAUAUUUUUAAACUGUCAAUGUUGUUGAAGUGUUAGGUCCCUUAGUUGCCAUUAGCUGUAUGGGCUAUUAAUUAACAGCUGUGUCUAAGGAACAUGUCGGCCUUAGUUACUAACAAGACUACAAGAUCGCGCCACUCAUCCUACACUCAUCCU